GUGCGUAGUUCUUGAAUACGGCAGUAGCACAAAGAAGGUAUAAUAAGUAACAAGUGAAGUUAGCGAUCUUUGUCUUGGGCUGAUGUUUUAAUAGUUUAAUAUAUUGCGUUUCUGAUCUAAUCAGGAGAAGAAAAGUCAAAAACCUUAAGCUAAAGAAACAGAAGAACGUUUAUGAGCGAUACUACCAAUCUCUUUUAAAAAUCUAUUUUUUUUAGCCUUUAAAAAAAGGGCACUUUACAUGGCUCUUUUUGUCUGCAAGCAAUACAACAAAUACGUAUUUGCCAUCUCCUUAGCCAACAAACUACAACGUAUGUAGCUCUGACUUCAAACAACAUUCAGCCAAACUCUUGAUUGAAAAAGAAAAGGAAUUAAAGCUGAAACGUGAAUAAUUCUUGGAAAGUUAGUGUAAUAACUGAUCAUUCGCCUAUUGAAAAACAGGAAAAAUCGACUUGACUGGCGCUCUAUUUGAGACGCAAUCAUGCCGUCAGUGCCUUGUCUACAGACUCUCCAACGAGAGCUGGCGGAUAGUAUCAUUCGCUGUGCACCGUUGGAUGAAAUACGGAUCCUGUUGGCCUGUGGUGCCAAGGUUAAUGAGCCAGUCACUCAGGGCCUGCGACCUAUUCAUUAUGCAGCUUACCAACAUUACACGGAAGCUUUGAAUUUGUUGCUGGUUCGAGGCAGCGAUGUGGAUGCGAUGGACGAAGUGGGUUAUACAGCUCUUCACUUGUGUUCUGAGCGAGGAUAUAAUGAUCUCGUUAAACUCCUCAUUAAACACCAAGCUCGAGUAAGCUAUACUCACCUUGGGCCUAACGACGAGGCACUUGAACCCCCACGUGCAACACUCGCCGAUGAACCAUUGCGACUCGCCAUUAAAAAUGGGCAUUUCGAGUGUGCAGAACAUCUUUUGGCUAAUGGUGCUGACCCAAAUGCUCGCUACUUUCUUGGGUCCGAAAUCAAUCUUAUUAGUCCCCUAAAUACCCCGUUUCUUGAGUUAUUACUGAAGUAUGGAGCUAAUCCUGAUGCACGCGACCGUGCAGGUCUGACCCCCUUGAUGAAAGCCGCGCGUCACCCUCAAGGUCUAGAUGCAGUCAAGUGUUUGAUUGACUACGGUGCUGAUGUAAAUGCAAUGACCUCCGAACGUCACGAUAAUCGCACCGUGCUUCAUUAUGCUGUCCUUAGUGGAAAUUUACAUAUCGUUUACUUGUUACUUGCCCAUGGCGCAAAUGUGCGAUUCCCACACAGUUACCGUAAUCCGACCCCUUUGGACUUUGCUAUCUUACGUGGCAAUGUGGAACUAGUCCAUCUAAUGAUCAACGCUGGAGCAGACAUCAACACUGGAUCUCCAAUCAUCGGUACACCUUUACACAUUGCCUUGUCUGAGAAGAUAGAUAACAAAGAAGAGAUCGUACAGAUUCUUCUGGACUGUGGAGCUAAUCCUAAUGCUAUCACUUUGGGUGAGCACGGACCUUUGGUUAAACCCCCGAUAGGAGAAUACAUUCAAGCUUAUGAACAACCAAAUAUUGAUUUAAUUCGGUUACUUCUCCGUUAUGGAGCUAAAGUUCUUUUGAAAACUCAGCAACAACACCCUUUGGGAAUCUUAAAAUCCGUUCACCGUAUUCAUCUUGGAUUAUCUCAACAUAUUAUGGAACUUAUCUUAGAUGCUGCUGAAGGAUAUAGUGUCAGUGCCAUAAAACGAUCUGUUUUGAUGAGUGACAGCCAUAAGGCUCUUCUUCUGGAAAACGCUUUGUCGCCCCUCUUACUUAAGCACAUUUCUCGGCUGGUGAUCCGUGGGAUUCUUGGAAUCGGUCCGCAUCUUCCUAAGAACAUAAAUAUGUUACCAUUGCCGAAAACCUUAAAAAUGUAUCUUCUAUUUGAACAAUAGAAAGAAUGUCUUUAUAAAAUCAAUUGGUCCUAGAAUAAAUUUGGAUGAUGAACAACCAAACAUUUUUACUACUUCUCUUCAAUCCGCUGACGUUAGUCGGCAGGUGCAAGAAAAGGUUGUAGGGUUCACUUUAUAAUACUGUACUAUUAUUACAAUAAUCGUCGUAACUUUGGCGAUCUAGAAUGUAACAUCUACAGAAGACUUUCCUUCCGGUUAGUUUCCUGGUGUAUUUGUUACUAAAAGAUGAGCAAUGCAUGAUACCUUAUUUGCGAUUCACAAAUCACAAAAACCCUAAAUAUCCGUGUUAUACAUAGCUAUAGUUAAUAUAUAGUAAUAUAUAAUAUAUAGUAAAUAGAUUUAUAGUAGAUAUUUCCCAUUUACUAACGUACAAUUUUAUACUAAAAGAAUAGGAUAACAGAAGUUGGUUUUUCAUUUGCUUUACGUAACUUACUCAAAUAUGAGUAUUCUAAAUACUGCGAAAGUGUCACUAACGCAGCAUGUCUAGCGUAGUUUUAUGUGAGGAUUUUUAUUUAUCGUAUUCUGAUAUAAAACUGUUGAUAAAACUGGCAUAUGAGAGUUACUACUGUUAAUACCCCCCUUUUUAUUGCCUUGACUUUGAAUUUUAUUGUUUAAUUUAUAAUUACUACUAAGCUGGAAAGUUGUUAAUUCGUUUUACUGGCAUCAACACUGACCUUGCUAUAAUCGGUAAAAUUUUAUACAAUGUUGGUCUUUGCAGGCGGCUUAACUAGUUCAGCAAAAAUCUGCAAUGUAUGAAUUUUUUCACUACGUCUGUAUAGUCUACUCCCAUGUAAAUUAGAACUAAAUUACAGAAAAUGAAAAUAUUCUUGGUAGUUUGAACCAAGUUUUAUUGCUUUUGUGCGAAUACUGAUUUCGUCAAAUUUGUUUUUUUCCCUAUUUUUAUAUUAGGUAAAUAAAAUAUGAAAAAAAAAACCGGUGAGAAAUAAAAAGGGGGUAUCAAAAUUAUGAAAUAAUAAAAUUCAUGAAUGCUAUCUUCCUAACCGUAAAAAAUGUGGUGAUGAUCUAACGGGACUAAUAUAUAUAUAUAUAUAUAUUAUUUACUAUUGUUUCAAAUGACGAAAUCACAGACUGUAUCUUGGAUCAGCAUAAAAGAAAAUUCAGAUUGGCAUGUGAUUUAUAAUGUUUUAGAGGAGAUCAUAGUGAGUUAUUUACGAAAAGAUCUUCUCAAAAGAUCUUCUUUUUAUGUUAGGUAUUAUAUAUACAUUUAAGUAGUAAACUUUUUAAGUAAUGUUGUCGAAAAUGAUAUACAGUGAGGUUAGUUUAGAGAAAAGGAAAAUAAUUAUAUAAUUAAAAGGCACAAAAAUACGUUCAAUAGUGAUAUUUUUAGUUUUUUUUUUAUUGACGAUGUGUGGAAGCAAAAUGCUUUCCAUUAAAGAAAAUACCAAGCCUAAAAGAAAUUCAGCUUAUAUCUUGAAAAUAUUACUCUCCCUAUUUGUUUGACUGCGUGAUGAAUCAUGUAGUUUAGCCUGAUUGUACAAUAAGUUUUUAGACGCAACUUCAGCUUGCACACAAUACUUUCCCUGUGUUUUGUGCUUGACUGCACAGUGAAACAUGUAGCAUAGCCUGACUAUAAGAACACAAAGUUUUUACAGGCAACUUUAACUUGUGCACAUUACUCUCCCCGUGUGUAUGAUUGCUCGAUGAACCAUAUAGUGCACCCCGAUUAUAUAAUAACGCAGAGAUUUUACACGCAACCCCAGCUUGUGCACGUUAUUCUUUCUAGAUUAGUUUUACAGAUGUAAUCUCUCAUAUGAAAUGUUCAAUUUUUUGCAUGUUUAGAGUGAAAUCAUUUAUAUAUAUUUAAUUUUUAUUCGUUUUUAAGCUCAUGCAACAAGUUUUUUUUCCUUCAGUACUUAUGACUGGAACGAACUUUGUUGUUUGAGUUAUUACUAUAUUACGCUAAAUUGAUUGUAAUAGGUAUAUUUUGUUCUGCAAAAAAUACCCUAUGGCGUCACCAAAAUAACUAUUAUCACAGUGGCUAUUUCGCUUGCCUGUUUUCUAAUUUGUAUAAUUUCGUUACAACACAGAAAAUAUGGUUUUACGAAACACCGUGAUAGCAAGAGGUUAAGUAUGAACCAAGGCUGUUUCGUUUAUAUCAAGAUAUGUAAGGAUAAAUUAUGUCACCAUUUGCAAAAUGUACCAAAUCUAGGAAUAAAGGUCGAAAGGCCAAUUCAAAGAGUUUUGAAAAAUAAUAUUGACUGUUUUCAAGUGCAAUGAAAGUUCGAAAAAUAAUCUAGGAAUAAAGGUAAAUAAUAUUUGGUGGAAAUGUAGAAAAUAGGUGUAUAAAUAUAAAUGUAUUUUUAAGCGAAUGAAGCUCACGAGAGUUGGAUAAGUUGAUUUCUAUUUUGUAGCCUAAUGUAUUAUUUGAUAUGAAAAUAAAGAUUGUUGAUAUUUAA